AUCAAAAUUGCUGGACUUUAAAUAUGCAGCCAUAACUCAAAAACAGAGCUUCAAACAUACUCACAAAGAUGGUUGAACUUGAAAUUGUGUGUAAACAAACCAUCAAGCCCUCGUCUUCAACCCCAUCGGAGCUUAGAAAUUACCCCCUCUGCUUGCUUGAUCAACAUGCCCCUUACAUGUCUAUAAUGCCUCUCUAUUUCUACGACGGCGGCAACACCGUCGACUCCGGCGGCCUGAAGGACGGCCUCUCAAAGGCCUUGACGAUCUACUACCCUUUUGCCGGCCGCCUCCAAAAGGGUGGCAACUUCAUCGACUGCAACGACAUGGGCGCCAUGUACUUAGAAGGAAAGCUCCGGUGCCCCAUGUCGGAAUUUAUGAACAAGCUGCAAAGCGACGAGGUUUUGAAAUUGGUUCGUUUAGAACAUGACACGAAUGGGAAGGACACAGACCCAACAUUCAAUCCUUUGUUGUCUGUUCAGUUGUUCCAUUUUGAAUGUGGAGGAGCAAUGGUGUCUGUGGUUUUCUCUCAUAAAGUGGCGGAUUUGGCGUCAUUGGCUCAGUUUGUGAAUGAUUGGGCUUCUAUUGCUCGUAGCUCCGGCGGUGGUAUGCUGCCGGAAGUCAGUCCUCUGCUCAAUGCGGCUAGUUUUUUCCGGCCGGAAUUGGAUGCCGGCAGUUACCCAUCUGGGGAUGAAGGUAAAAAGGUUUGUUUGAAGAGAUUGGUGUUUGAGAGCUCGAAGAUUGAAGCUCUUAAAGCUAUGGUUUCUGAGAAAGUGGAAAAUCCAAGUCGUGUUCAGGUGAUCACUGCCUUCAUCUACAAAGCUGCCCUUUCUGCUAAAAUUUCAGUCAAAGGCCAUUGGCCAACGACGUCGACUCUACUACAGGUGGUGAACAUCCGAGGGCGAAUGGAGCCACGAUUGGAAGAGAGAUUAAUAGGGAACAUAGUCACAUACUUCAUUGCAUCAUCAACCAAGGAGGAGGAGGGGAGGGAAAUGGAGGUAUGGAAGAUAGUGGGAGACAUGAAGAGAAGCUUUGAAGACUUCUGCAGGGAGUUCCCAAAGAAGUGCAGGGCGGAAGAAUGGAAUGGGCUCUACAAAUUGCAUGCCAAACAGAAAAUGGAUAGGCUGAUAAGUGGUGGAUGGGAUCAUGCUGUGUACUGUUGCAGUAGCUGGUGCAAAUUUCCACUAUAUGAUGCAGAUUUUGGAUGGGGGAAGCCUAUGUGGAUUACUGUUCCAGAUUUUGACUCCAAAAAUCUGAUUAUGUUGAUGGAUGCAAGAGAUGGGAAGGGAGUUGAAGCCAUUGUGAGAUUGGAGGAGGAGGAAAUGGCUGUGUUUCAGCAAAAUCAAGAGCUUCUCUCCUUUUGUGACCUAAGAACUUAGCUCUCCUACCAAUUACUCAUUCCAAAUUGAAUUUCUACGAGUGUUAAUGAAGUAUUAAUAUCCGUUUCAACAUUUG